CCACCUCCUUGUCAUCAUCCCAUUGCCUCUUUUGAUCCUUCGUCUCGGGUCUCGGACCAACUGAUUCUGAUCUUCGUUCGAACUGCACGCCCCCCCGCUAGUGCCUACCGUGGCUGCGUGGGAGGAGGAGCGCUGGCUACGGAGAUCCCCCGUAUGCUUGUACAAGAGCUGCGGGAGUGUUCAAAUGUCUCAAGCCUUCUGCACUCCCUCUACGACGUACAGAGUCUAUUUUUGUUAGUACCACUCAUGCCUAUCUCUACUACUCCGUUCCUGGCAGUGCAACGACGCAGGUGCCUUGUUCCUGGUGCCUUGCAGUUCGAUAGUUGA